AUGACUCCCAAGAAGACUGCCGCUCCCUUCCUAUGGUUUUCUUUUUGCUUUGGGAAUGUUCUUGAGGCAGUGGUACUGGGAUCGGUGCAGUACCCCUCCGGCGCGCCUGAUAACGGGCUCCGCUCACAUCUGGAUGCGCGCAGUCCAGGGGAAAGCAGCGCGAUCUUCCGGAACGACUCAACAUCUGUUCAUGUCCCAUCUUACAUGAUCUCUCUGUACAGGACUCUGUCAGAGCUGGACAGACGGGGAACGAACAGCAGUCUAUUGCGCUCCAGAAGAUAUGCCAAUACAGUGACCAGCUUCGUUGACCAGGGCCAAGAUGACCCAACUCUGAAGUUCCAGCAGCAGUACACAUUUGACCUCUCUGGCCUGUCCCGAGCAGAUGAACUGAUGGAGGUGGAGUUGCGAGUUCUGAGGAGACCACCACCUGACAUCUUAAAUUUACUCUCCAAUGGUGGGAACGUGUACCGAUUGCUUCUUCACACCUGCUCCCUCUCCCGAUCUUCUCAGCAGCCUGUGCUCCUUACCUCCAGGACCAUUGAUCUCCUGGAUACCACUUCAGCCACGUGGGAUGUGUUUGACAUUGGUGCGAGCGUGAAGACGCACCUCAGGUUGCACAGGAAAACAAAAGAUAGCAGGCUCUUGCGCUUUAGCAUAACAGCUGUUUCAGAUUCAAAUAACGCAGCGGUGCAGCCCGUUCUGCUCGGUCUCGGCCACAAGGAUCCGCAGACCAACGAAAGAGCCCUGCUGGUGGCCUUUUCCCGGGCGCGUAGGAAGGAGAACCUCUUUAGGGAGAUUCGUGAAAAGAUCAGGGUCAUGAAAAGUCAUCAGUUUUCUAAUCCUUCACCCGUCCAUAGUAUGAAAGAGGGUCACCCCAGACAUCGAAGGAGGAGGAGGACGGUGCUGUCAGGACGCUUUAGCGGAGCAGGUGGCGGAGGUCCAAGCGGUGGCGGAAAAGGAGGUGGCAGGAGGAGAACACGUUGCAGCAGGAAACCGCUUCACGUUAACUUCAAAGAACUGGGGUGGGAUGACUGGAUUAUCGCACCGCUGGAUUAUGAAGCGUAUCACUGUGAGGGCUUGUGCGACUUUCCGCUGCGCUCACACUUGGAGCCGACCAACCACGCUAUUAUCCAGACGCUUAUGAACUCCAUGGACCCGGAGUCCACUCCUCCCAGCUGUUGCGUUCCUUCCAAACUCAGUCCGAUUAGCAUCCUGUACAUCGACUCUGGAAAUAACGUUGUUUAUAAACAGUAUGAGGACAUGGUGGUGGAGAGCUGUGGGUGCAGGUAGCAGUGUGAGUGAGGGGUGGUAUACCCCUGGACGUUAUCGGAGAGCUGACUCGCUUGAAGUGGCCGAGCACAGCAUUGUGGGCGAGACGGACUGAGUCAGAAUGCCUAUUUUGGGAGAGGGAGAGUGUGUAAAUGUGUUGACAAGUGUGUAAAUGUUUAAAGAGUGAUACGUUUGUGAACAGAAAACAGAGUUUCAGAAGCGAACCAGAGCAUGUGUCGAAUGGCUGUUUACUGGAGCCCAAACACCAAAUAAAUAACAAAAAAUUUGACAAAAGACAGAACUCUAUGGCCCAGUUUAGACUUGAGGAGUCUCAAUAUCUGUCAAAAAUGGCACACAACUUUAAUACAUAACAUAAAAUAUAUAUCCAUAAUAGUGCUUCGAAUGACAGCAUUCAUAAUAAAAAAGGUUGAAUGAACAUUUUCUAUGAGGAGCCAAAAAUAUCCCAUUGCCUUAAUCAAAUAAGACUUUGACUGAGUGAAAUUCCGCUCUUAAAACCAUACAAAAUUUCUAAAUACACAAUAUGGGUUUCCUUUCAGAGUUGUAGGUGUUUUUAGAAUGAAGAGAGAGUUAUAGUGAUUUAUUAAACGUGACAGAUCUGAAUUUAAUAUCAAGAUAAGAUAACCCACCAACACCUGAUGCUCUCUAGAGUUCAAAUCUGGCAGUGUUCUGACAGCACAAACAGGAAAAUCAAAUAAAUCUUUACACAUUAUUUUAUAAAACAACUGAAAUUAAUCUGGGUUAUGGGGACGGGAAAAAUUAAUGUUUUACGCAAACAUAUCUUGAUGACACCAAAUUUAGGAUUAGUGUGCAGUGUAGCAUAUGCAUUGUGUGAAAGAUGAAUGACAUCAUUUCAUGGCGUGACCUCUGACCUUAUUCUGUGAGAGGUGUAUUGGAGCCCAAAUCACAAUGAUUGUUUCAUUUUUGACACCAGAUUUGG